AUGAGUGCUGGUGGAGGAACCCCAUUUGUUGGUAGUAAAAUAAGUUUGAUAUCUAAGGCUCAGAUACGUUAUGAGGGAAUUUUGUCCUCUGUCGACACGGAUAAGUCUACAGUUGCGUUAGCCAAAGUGAAAUUUUAUGGGACAGAGGGCAGACCUACGGAUAGACCAGUUCCACCCAAAGAUGAAACUUAUGAAUACAUAAUUUUCAGAGGAAGUGAUAUAAAGGAUAUCACUGUGUCUGAGCCACCAAAACCACACUACGGUUUGCCUCAUGACCCUGCUAUUGUACAGUCUUCCAUGGGCUGCUCGCCUGCCAUGUGUCAUCCAUGCUGGAGUCCCCAUAGAGAAAUGAUGCCCUCCUACAACCAGUUGGCUGCUAGCUCUCUACGCAACCAGCAGUAUCCAGCCGGUCUUGGCCCAGGAUUCCAGCACAUCCUAACUAGAAGAAGGCCAAUGGUAGAACAGGCUGUUCAGACUGUACCAAUGGCCAAUACUGGCCAGAAAAGUGGACCAUCUUCAUUCCAACAGGCCAGAAAAUCUGUGCAUUCCUCCCAGCAUUCAAGCCAGGAUGGCUCUCUGGCUCAGAUGAUGAAUGUACCCAACAGCCAGGCCCCACCUCAGCAUAGUACAGCCAAGGUUCAAGCUCAAGGCAAUGAAAACCGGAGACCGAGACGAAAACAAGGCACUCGCAAGCCCAGGAACCUUAGAAGAGGCCAGCUUCUUGUGGUAAAUUCAAAGGCUACCACCUUGCAGUUUGAGUCUGAUUUUGAUUUUGAAACUGCAAAUGCUCAAUUCAAGAAAGAAAUUGAAGACUCUGGAGUGGAGACCCAGAACAGCCAAGAUGCAGUAGAGGACUCGCCUGGUGAAAAGUACUAUGACAAGGCAAAAUGCUUCUUUGACAACAUCUCAGCAAACGUCAAGUCCAUAACCACCUGGGCAGAGGAGAAAAAGCUAAACAUUGAGACAUUUGGGAUACCUGGCAGUUUCCCAAGGAGAAGGGGAUUCAGAGGCUAUCGUGUACGCAGAGGGCAGAGCAACAACGAUCAGCGACCCCAUGCCUGA